AUGGCUACCGCAUCGCGUGAAGCCGAGCUGAAGCAGCAAGGGCUGCUCGACGCCGCCAAAGACCCCAAUUCCUCCAUCACGGCGAACCAGGCGGAGAAAUCCCUCGUUGAUCAGGCGCAAGCGGGUGGCAGCGCUGCCUUCCAAUUCGACCCCGAUGCGAGUCCUGAGCAAAAGCGGGCACAGGCACGGGCGCGCGUCCCCGCAAACUUCCACCACGAGCGCAACAAGAACGCGACGGCCCUCGUAUCCGAUGCCGACGACAACGGCCCGGGCGAAUACGACCUGCCCUCACCUACCAAAGCGGGCGCCAUAGAGACACCAGAGGAGGCCAAAGCCAAUGGCCACGCGCCCGAACAACUCGACGACGAUGCGCGGUGGGAUCGGGUCGGAUGGGCGCCGCGAUUCGGCAUGCCAGGUUCCGAGAACAAGGAGGAGGAAGAAGCCUCUCUAGCCGACCACCAGACAUGGCUGGAAGGCAGGAUAGAGGACAAGUUCUUCGGCGACUGGUACCACAACACGGGCAUCAUCAUCUUCGCAUGCUUGAGCUCGUGGGUCGUCGGUAUCCUCGGCGGUGGACUGGGCUGGAUCAUGAUCUUUAUGGCCGUCUGCGGUACCUACUACCGCACCUCAAUCCGUCGCGUGCGCCGCAAUGCGCGCGAUGACCUCAACCGUGAGAUGGCCAAGAACAAGCUGGAGACAGACACUGAGAGCUUGGAGUGGAUCAACAGCUUCCUCGUCAAGUUCUGGCCCAUUUACGCGCCUGUUCUGUGUGACACCAUCGUAGGCACCGUGGACCAGGUUCUCUCAACCUCGACCCCGGCGUUUUUGGACAGUCUGAAGAUGAAGACCUUCGUCCUCGGAACGAAGCCCCCGCGACUGGAGCAUGUGAAGACCUACCCGAAGACACAGGACGACAUUGUUCUUAUGGACUGGAAGUUUAGCUUCACGCCCAACGACGUAGCCGAUCUUACUGCGAGGCAGAUCAAGAACAAGAUUAACCCCAAGAUCGUCCUGGAGAUCCGCAUCGGAAAGGGCCUUGUCAGCAAGGGUCUGGAUGUUAUCGUAGAAGACAUGGCCUUUUCCGGUCUGAUGCGCCUGAAGUUCAAGCUACAGCUGCCGUUCCCUCACAUCGAGAAGGUCGAGAUGUCUUUCUUGGAGCGCCCGACCAUCGACUACGUCUGCAAGCCCUUGGGUGGAGAGACCUUCGGUUUCGACAUCAACUUCAUCCCCGGAUUGGAGACUUUCAUCAUGGAGCAGAUCCACGCUAACCUGGGCCCGAUGAUGUACGACCCCAAUGUGUUCCCCAUUGAGAUCGCCAAGAUGCUUGCGGGCAACCCUGUCGACCAAGCUAUCGGUGUUCUGCAAGUCCACUUCCACGGUGCUCAAGGCCUCAAGAACCCCGACAAGUUCUCUGGUACUCCUGAUCCCUAUGCCACGGUCUCCAUCAACAACCGCAACGUGCUUGCACGUACCAAGACGGUGCACGAGAGUGCCAAUCCUCGCUGGAAUGAGACUGUCAACAUCAUCGUAACUUCCCUGAAGGACUCACUUACUAUCAAUCUCUUCGAUUACAACGACAUUCGCAAGGACAAGGAGCUCGGUACUGCUACCUUUGCGCUAGAACAGCUAGAGGAGGACCCUGACCACGAGAACAUGCAACUAGAGGUCAUGUCAGGAGGUCGCGCCCGUGGUCUCGUGACAGCGGAUGUACGCUUCUUCCCUGUUCUUGAAGGCACUACGCUGGAAGACGGCACCAAGGAGCCUCCACCAGAAUCGCGCACGGGUAUUUGCAAGUUCACUGUUGAGCAGGCUAAGGAUAUGGACGGUAGCAAGAGCAUGAUCGGGCAGCUCAGCCCAUACGCUGUCCUCCUUCUGAAUGGCCAUGAGAUCCACAAGUCGCGAGUCAUGAAGAGGACAAACCAACCUAUCUGGCCAGACGCGACAAAGGAAAUGCUCAUCACCGACCGCAAGAAGGCUAAGCUGGGUCUAGUUAUCAAGGACGACCGCGACCUCGCAGCUGACCCUAUUCUUGGUACUUACCAAAUCACGAUGGACGACAUGCUCGAACUUAUGGCCAAGGGUCAUGAGUGGUACAACCUCGCAGGUACAUCGAGCGGUCGCGUGAAAAUGAAGCUUGAUUGGAAACCCGUUGCUCUAAAGGGUGCUGUCUCAUCCAGUGGUUAUCUUACUCCUAUCGGUGUGAUGCGACUGCACUUCCAGAGCGCACGCGGACUUCGUAACCUUGAAGCCCUGGGCAAGUCGGAUCCGUAUGUCCGUGUGCUACUCUCUGGUAUUGAGAAGGGCCGAACCGUCGUUUUCAAGAACAACCUCGACCCUGACUGGGAUGAAGUUAUCUAUGUCCCUGUUCACACCGUCCGCGAGAAGCUUACACUGGAGGUCAUGGACGAGGAGAACCUCGGCAAGGAUCGUCCCCUGGGACAUAUCGAGCUUUCGGCUGGCGACUACAUCCAACAAAACGAGAAUGGCGAGUACCUCGAACAUGAACAGAAGCAGCCUACCGCAGGAGCUCUCCGAUUAGCUGGUUCUUCUCAGCCCAAGGGUACUCUCAACUACACCUGCUCCUUCUACCCCACAUACCCAACUUGGGACCCCGAAGAGGACGAGGAAGAAGAGGAGGAGACAAAAUCCAACGGCGCCGCCCGGCCUGUGUCCAACGGAUCUAAGCUCAGCCACCAACGUGUUGUAUCCAACGCUUCUACCAUCGCCAGGUCGGAGACGGCAGGUACUAUCUCAUCACUCAAGUCGAACGAGAAGGACAUGGCCAAGGAGCUUGAGAAGAAUGAACUCCAGCAAGCAGAGUCGAUUCCCGAGAAGCCGAAGAUCGAGAAGCUGAAGCUUACUGCGGACGACCUGCAGCAGUAUGAAUCUGGUCUGCUUGUGUUCAAGCUUGUCGAAGGUGAAUUUGCAAGGACUGGUGGCCACGUUGAUGUUAUUAUGGAUGACAUGGCGUAUGCCAGCUAUUCUAGCGCGAAGAUCCGGAGCAACAAGAUGACUUUCAACGAUGUUGGCGACACGAUGAUCCGCGAGCUUGACUUCUCCAAAAUCACCCUUCGGAUUAUCGAGCAUAUCGAUAACGAUGGAGAUGAUCAUGGAGAUCACGUCAUUGCUAAGCUGACAGGAAACACGAUUGAUACGCUACGAAGGUCUCUGCACACGCCCACUCAAUUCACGCUCAAGGACAAGAACGGACGCGACAACAAGAUUACGGUCAUGCUUAAGUACAUUCCCGUUAAGAUGCGUCUCGACCCCAGCGAAUCCUUCAACAACCAGGGUACGCUCCGAGUCGAUGUGCUCGAUGCUGCAGAUCUUCCAGCUGCGGACCGCAACGGCUUCUCGGAUCCGUACUGCAAGUUUAUGCUCAACGACAAGGAGGUAUACAAGACCAAGACGCAGAAGAAGACGCUCCAUCCAGCAUGGAACGAGUACUUCGAAGUACCUGUACGGAGUCGAACGGCCGCAGACUUUGUUGUCAAUGUGUACGACUGGGACUUCGGUGACAAGGCUGACUUCCUGGGAAAAUCAUCUAUUAAUCUGGAAAUCCUCGAGCCUUUCCAGCAACAAGAAGUUACGCUUGCCCUCGACGGCAAGUCAGGCGCCAUCCGACUUAGAAUGUUGUUCAAGCCAGACUACGUCGUUCGGUCUCGUCAAGGCUCCAGUACAUUCUCCGGCACCUUUGCUGUCCCCGGCAAAGUCAUUGGCGCGCCUGUCAAGGGAGUUGGAAAAGGAGCGGCCUUUGUCGGUGGCAACGUAGUCCGCGCAGGUACCUUCCUAGGUCGUGGUUUCAAGCGCAGAAAGUCUCGCGGUGAAGCCCCCGACGAAGAAGAUCUCGCACGCCCCUCCACAUCGGACCGUCCCUCUGCCGAUACACCCAUGAUAUCCAUCGAAGGCGAGCCCAACACCCCCACAAAAGACUCCAACAACCACAACCGCCACCGCAGCUGGGGCGCACAAAGCUUCCACAGCCGCUUCGGCGACAACGCCGGUCCCGGCGGCGCCGAACAAGGCACCGCCAACAUCACCGUCCUCUCCGCCGACGGCUUCCCUGCCGGCACCAACCUACGUGUGCACAUCUCGCUCGGCAAAAAGGAAAUCCACAAGACUGACCACAUCAAAGCGCCCCAAGGCUCCGUCCAGUUCGACCCCUCGGAAGAGAGCUUCAAGACGAAUUGCACCGCUGACGCCUUCUUCAAACUGGUCGUGAAAGACCACAGUAAAUUCGGCCGAGACGAGGAGUUGGGCGAAACCCAAUUCACCAUCUCAGACCAGGGUAGCGGCGCAGAGCAAAACGUUGGCGUGGGCAAGGGUAUGGUGUCGAUACGCAGUAGCUUCACGCCUAGUGAGAGCGGAGGUAGUCCGUCUGGUAGCGUGAGUCCGCGACCCAAGACCGCGGAACGAAGGGGGUUACUCAGGAGAGAUCGCAGUACGACGCCUAAUCCUGGGGCUUAG